AUGCUGACGAAUCUGAGUACUCUCUCUGUUGAUGAAAGGCGAAGAGACCGUGUUGCCAAAGCAUGUGCUCUGUGUCGCCGCAAGAAGAUCAAAUGUGACGGAAUGAUGCCCUGCAAUCACUGCCAACACCUGAACAGCAGCUGCUUCUACGAGCUGAACAAGCAGCGGAAGCCUAGGACCAAAGCAACUGACAAUCUUCAAGAUCGUCUAGGUAAACUAGAAGACUUGGUGCUCCGAAUCGCAAACAAAGUAGACUCGAUUGGAACGAAUGGAGGCGUAGCCAACACAAACAGUGCACUUCCACUGCUGCUGCUCUUACGUAGCGCAACCUCCGAUGGCGACUCGAGUCCCGAUCAAACUGAAGAACACCUGGAGGAUUCUUCUGAAGCACUGAAGACUCCCGUGGCGCUGCUAAUGAACAGAGAUAAGGAUUCAUAUUUCCAGCAGUGUAAGGCUAUCAUGACCGAGACGUUUGAGGGCGAUGUGACUCUGCAUACUCGUAAGAUUCAACCACAUUACAAAGGUGCACAUCUCGGGUUCACCAUGCUUUUUAGCCCGCAGAGUGUUAGCUUCAUUCGUCUGAAGCUCCCGCCGCAGGACCAAUAUAUUACUGUACCUUUGGAGUCUCUUCUCUUCUAUGUCACCGCUUGGAAACAUGUUUUCCAGAGUGUUUGGAUCGAACCUCAGGUUCACACAGCAGACCAGAUUAAGAAGCUUAAACUUGGAAUAUUCCCGCAUAAUCGUGCUCUUGUGGAUGACUUUCUCCAACUUUACAAGCAGAUCGAGAUGGGCUUGGUGUGUCCCCCUGACUUGGUGAAAGAGCUCUUUGACUUUUAUUAUGCCAACAAGUCGUUACCUCCAGAAAAGAAAAGAAAAUUCUCCUAUUCCGAGUUGAUGAUCAUGAACUUGGUCAUUGCAAUUACUACCUCCGUCUUUAUCGAUAACAAAAAGCCACUUGGAGGCGUCGUCCGGUAUCCGGCUGUGGAGAAGAUCACCACUGCUCAGCUCUCAUCCGUGCAAGAAGAAGUAUUCAUGAAUUCCAUUUUCUACUAUAACAGAAUUGCUGCCAUAUCGGAAGGAAUCAUGUCCGUGCAUGCACUUUUGCUCAUGGCAGUCUACUUGGAGACUUCCUCCGUGAUGUUCGAUAUUAACUACACUCUCGUGAGCACAGCAGUCAGAUAUGCACAAGAGUUGGGUUUACAUCGUAUUGAGACCACUGCUCACCUAUCUGAAGUAGAAAGAUACGAGAGAAUCAAGCUUUGGGCUGUUUGUCAACACAUGGAUAUUGACAUGUGCUACCGUUUGGGUAAACCACCACUGGUCAAUAUUGUGGAUGUUUCUGUCCUCAAUUCGUUCAAUGAUGUUUCGGUCUCAGAUCUCGGUCAACUCCUUAGCAACGAACUGACUAUUGAUGCAUCGUCGCUGGCAGUGUUAUCCCUUCACAGAAGCAUGUUCAAGUUGUCUCAGAUUCGAUCUCUCAGUUAUGUGAAGCUCUUUAGUGCGUCGGUUGGUUUUGAAAGUAUGAGUCGUGUUCAGGAAAUUGUCACGUCCAUCAACACAAACAUGUUCGAUUUGGCGCUGGAGAUGACGGAUGACAUUCGCCCCCUUUUCUAUUAUGAGGAGAAUUUCGAUAAGUUGUUACAGAGCAUACGCACAGGCCUGAACUUUGACCAUAUAUGCAACAAACGUGGGAACUUGCUUCUUUCGUACUUCAGUCAUCUCAUGACUAUCAACAGAGUUCCCUGGCAGGUAGUUGCCGACGAAUGCGAGAAACCUCUGUUGGAGAACUCAGAAUUUAGAAGGUUGUCACUUGAAAGUGCAAGAACCAUCUUGCACAUCAUAAGAAACAUCGACAGGGAGGACAUGCCCCAUCUUGAAACCAAUUGGUUGGUCAUCUUCCCCUUUGCAGCAACAGUUAACAUUCUAUCCAACUGCUUGAACCAUUCAAACGACAAUGAAAUUUUCAAGGAUUUGAGUUUGAUCAUUGACGUGUCCAUCAAUUUUUUCGGCUACUUUGGCCAAAAGGCCGACAAUGAACAUACAAGGCUCCUAUACAUGCGUUUGCAGAUGUAUGACAUGCUCAUUCGGAUUCUUUUGCGAAUCACCAUUAAAAUCAUAGAGGAAGGAAGCAACAUGAAUAUUCUAGGAAGCAACCCUGCAUUGAAAGAGCAUUUGGAAAUCAUUGAACGGAAGUAUCCACAAUUUUACCGUAGGGCUGAGGGCGCAGAAGCCGUAUCUGAUCUCAUGAAGUCCAUUUGUCCCACGUUUUAUCCGAAGCUCCAAAGAGACCCCAAGAACGACAUCUUGAACAACUCGCCAUCCAACAAUUCGUCUAAUUCCGUGUCGAGCUACGUCUCGACACCGAAACGCACAGACCCAGCUUUACCUAACAUCAUGCACCCUACGGACAGCAAAUGGGGGGUUGAUGAAAAUAUUUUGCCGAACUGGCAAUUUGGAGAUGACGUCUUUAAUUUGGCAAGCGAAGAGAUGAGCAGCAUGCCCAACUUCUUCUUUGACAACGGUUUUUAG